CCGGCGAGCGGCAGAGACGAGGGCAGAGGCCGACCUAGCUGCGUAGUUUUGUUCGCUCAGGAAGUACGCAGGGGGUCGCCAUGGGUAAACUGACUCUCGUGGUUGUGCUGGUCGCGACGCUCUUCGUCCUGGAGGUCGUGGACCGCUGCACGGCGCAUCCCGCCGCCAUCGACGUGGCAACACUGCUGCGCGCGAGGCGGUCGCCGCACCACCACGGCUGCCGCAAGUGCGGCGGCGGCGGGGGCGGAUACGGGGGCGGCGGCACUUUCGCCGGCUCGUCCGCCUCCGCCGGCAGCUUCGGGGGUGGCGGGCACGGCGGCGGCGGCAACUCGGCGUCACAGAGCCAGUCCGCCAGCUCCAGCUUCGGCUUCGGUCCCUUCACGGCCAGCAUCUCGCAGAGCUCCUCCUCCGCCUCCAGCGGGGGCGGCGGCCGCGGCGGCGGCUUCUUCGACUCGUGAGUGCCGCCCCCGGCCGGGACAGUGGCGCUAAUCCACUGCACCGCACGUUCUUCAAAUAGACACUGGAAUUCAGUCACCAUGACAUCGCAUCCAUCAUCAAAAAAUUCCAUCGCAUACUAUGAGACUGUGAUAUAUCUGGCUAUAUAUUUGAUAUUUAAGUGAAUCUGCCGGUGUAUCUGUAAAUAAAAAAGCGUACUAAACUAGUAAAGUAUUACUUCUUUUCUUGCAGUGUGACUUGGUUUAUAAAUUAUCUUGCUAACUAUUAACGGAAGUAUAUAAAACUUAUAUAAUAUAUUAGCUCAAAACAGAAAUCCCUGGAAGAACGCAUACUUCCAAACUUUCCUUUCUCACGUCAAUUUUUGUACACAAAUGUUAUCCAGAUACCUACAAUUAAAGCGUAGAGUCUUUCAACUUGUUAAGUAUAUAAAAUUUCUUACCAAACAGACGAUUUUUGUACUUUAAAUUUGUUCCUGCAUUUGCUACUGUUAAGAGCUCUGAGGAACAUUAAAAAAAUUAACGUUGCAUUUAAACGUCGCUAUGAUAGCAGUGUUUUCUUUUCGUAAUGUAAUUAUUAUUUAAGUCUUCACUUCGUGAAAAUUUUACAAAUUAAGCUAGAAUUUAUAUGGAACGAAUCUUGCGUCAGAGUUGUGGACCUGAAUACUAACCGUUCAUAAGUUGUGAUAAAUUUUAGUUUAUCUCUAAUGGUUUGCUAAAUUUCUGGAGUGCGACGACGAAUAAAUUAUCAUUUCCAUUUUAAUCUUCACUUCGCUGGUAAACGAACAAGCAAUUCAUCUUCGGAAAGAUAACUGAUAACGAUGCAUUUUGGAAAUAGUGUAUUAAUUUUAUUAAUGCUUCUGUUGGAACAAAUUGCCUGGUAUAAUGUUACCGAUGCGACGCGCAUUUUUAUGCUAGUCUCUUCGGGUGCGAACAUUUCUUACCGGGCGACAGCAAACUGCGGUCGCUAAUACUCGCAGCAACGAAUCGCGCGGUCGCGAGCUAGGAGGGAAAUCUGAACGCGGUAAUUGUGGGUGCAAUGCGUUAGCCACUCUCUUAUCUGACGGUAGUUACCAGCUUGCUGGUCUGAAACAGAGAACGUUACUCGAAGAUGCACGACGCAAAACUGCUGGUAGCCAGGCCGUGGCCAGGAUUUUGUGAACGAGGGGGUCUCUCCAUAGCUGAAUUUUAAAAGAAAAUAUACGUACUGUCGCACUUGAAUAAAAUCUGAGGGAAUAACAGCUAAAACCUUGACAAGUACAACUCAAAAGUAACGAUUUUUCUUGAAGAAACUACACGAUUAAUAUUUUGAUUUAAUUGUUUUUAAUGCUUUUUUUUGUAAUUCAAUUUUAUGAUGUCUUUAAAACAAGUCAUAAUACACAUAUACUUAUAUUAUUAAAUACUUGAGACACGCAUGCCGUUGUAUUAAAGACACGCUUACAUUAACACGUGUGCAAACCGGAAUUAAAUAUAUACUACUUGGAAAAACAAUUACUUCCGCUUCUGUGUACGAGACAUGUCGGGCUAUGAUUGGGGACGAAAUACAUUAUCGUAGCCCACUGUACAUUACAAUAGUCGUUAUAAAAUAAUCUAUAAGUAGCUAAUUUGCUAUGAUUUCCUUCUUAUUCUUCACUCAUUUUUUUUUUGUGUAAUCCUGGAAGGGAGAGGUCUGGACCCACGGAACAAACCCCCCCCCCCUCACCCUCUUGCGGGCCAGAUGGUACUAUUCUCGCAAGUAACCAGUGAGUUUGUCAGCCGACGGGAAGGUUCAACGAAUAACAGGAACUCUUCACAUUACAUUGAAUAGUUUAUUAAUAUAACCCAGUGAACUAAUUUCUCUUUAAGAAUCGAAACUAUGGAUUUCGAUUAAAAUAACAAAUUAGUUCUGCAAACGCGUUAUUAGAUCCUUUAUUCAGUUUGAACACAACGUGUUCGUACCAACACACGGCGAUGUGUAAAGUAUGUCCUGCGUCCGCCAUACAUCCAUUAACAAUUACGUUGGUAGGCCUAUCGUUCUCAAAUGUGUUACAGACGUUAUUAUCGCAACCAUUUACGAAUAAUUUCUUACAGUAUACACUCCGUCCACCGUAGGAUUAACGCAUGGCUGGGCGUGACAUUUUCUCUGGAGAAGAGGUUGGCUUGACAAUAGUUCAGAAGAGACAAUGCGUUAGAAGAAUUAGUGAGCGUCACAACUAACCUUCCAUUGAGUCAGAAUCUCAAUCUCGGUCAGAAAAAAACCUCUUGGCUUACGAUUUUCUAAUUACAUACCCAUUUGUAAUAGACGAACGCUCUGGCUGACACUAAUACUAACAGACAAGAAAAAAACAGUAUAAUCAAAACAAA